AUGGUACCCAACCUACGAUUCCCAACCCACGGUCCCCAACCCAUGGUCCCCAACCUAUUGCCCCCAAUCAACGGUCCCGAACCCACGGUCCCCAACCCACUGUCCCCAACCCACGGUUCCCAAUCCACGGUUCCCAACCCACUGUCCCCAACCCACGGUUCCCAAUCCACGGUUCCCAACCCACGGUCCCCAACCCAUGGUCCCCAACAUAUUGCCCCUAAUCAACGGUCCCCAACCCAGGUUCCCCAACCCAUUCUUUCCAACAAACAGUCCCCAACCCACGGUCCCCAACCCACGGUCCCCAACCUACGGUCCCCAACCCACAGUCCUCAACCCAUAGUCCCCAACCCAUGGUCCCCAACCUAUGGUCCGCAACCCGCGGUCCCCUACCCACUGUCCCCGACCCACGGUCUCCAACCCACAAUCCUCAACACACGAUCCCCAACCCACGGUCACAAACCCAUGGUCCAACCCAAUGGCCCCAACCCACGGUCCAACCCAUGGGCCCCAACCUACGGUCCCAAACCCACUGGCAAACUAACGGGCCCCAACCCACAGUCCCCAACCAACGGUUCCAAACCGACGGUCCCAGAACCACAGUCCCCGACCCACAGUCCCAAACCCAUAGCCCCAAACCCACGGUCCCCAACCCAUGGUCCCCAUCCCAUGGUCCCCAGCCCACGGUCCCCAACCCACAGUCCUCAACCCAUGGUCCCCAACCCACGGUCCCAAACCUACGGUCCCAAACCCAAAGUCCUCAACCCAUAG